CUGGUCUCAGGGCCACACGCAAUCUCAGUCCCAUUUUUCCUCUCUUCUUGUCUUUUCUCUCUCUCUCUCUUUCUUUUGUUCUAAGAAAGGAAAGCUCUUUCCCCCAAGAUCCAAUUUUUGACGACCUGUCGCUGUUUGAAUUUUCAGACCAAAUAUGUCGUGUUCAUCCUCGUCUGGAUCAGAAGGUGAAGAAGAAGGUUUCGAUUCUUACCGCAAAGGUGGUUAUCACGCCGUCAGGAUCGGCGAUCCUUUCUCCAAUGGUCGUUACAUCGCCCAGAGAAAGCUUGGCUGGGGUCAAUUCUCCACCGUCUGGCUUGCCUUCGACACUCUCUCCUCUAGCUAUGUUGCUUUGAAGAUUCAGAAGAGUGCACAACAAUUCGCACAAGCCGCACUUCACGAAAUCGAGUUCCUUUCAGCUGCUGCUGAAGGAGAUCUCCAAAACACCAGAUGUGUUGUUCGUCUCAUUGACCAUUUCAAGCACGCUGGUCCCAACGGGCAGCAUCUCUGCAUGGUGCUCGAGUUUCUCGGGGACAGCUUGCUCCGUUUGAUCAGAUACAACCGUUACAAAGGUCUGAGCUUUGAUAAAGUCAGGGAGAUUUGUAGAUGUAUACUAACCGGUUUGGAUUACUUACACCGUGAGCUUGGUAUGAUACAUUCUGAUUUAAAACCUGAGAACAUUCUUCUUGUUUCCACCAUUGACCCUGCCAAAGAUCCGGUUAGAUCCGGGUUAACUCCGUUGUUGGAAAAGCCUGAGGGGAACGCAAACGGUGGUGGUGGAUCAACAAUGAAUCUGAUUGAGAAGAAGUUGAAGAGGAGAGCUAAGAGAGCUGUUGCUAAGAUAUCAGAGAGGAGGAGUUCUAUGGUGGGUGCUUUAGGUGGUGAAGAAGCAGCAGCAUCGUCCAAGAGUGAGAGGAGUCUCGAUGGGAUUGAUAUGAGAUGCAAAGUUGUUGACUUUGGUAACGCUUGUUGGGCUGAUAAACAGUUUGCUGAAGAGAUACAGACGAGACAGUAUAGAGCUCCUGAAGUGAUACUGAAGUCAGGGUACUCUUUCUCUGUUGAUAUGUGGUCUUUUGGUUGUACGGCUUUCGAGCUUGUUACGGGUGAUAUGCUGUUUGCUCCUAAAGAAGGGAAUGGUUAUGGUGAAGAUGAGGAUCAUCUUGCUCUUAUGAUGGAACUCCUAGGGAAAAUGCCUCGGAAGGUACUGUUCUUUUGUUUGCUUUUCAUGUUUUCUUUGGUUAUUGAUGUGUGUUUGAAUGAGCAGAUUGCUAUUGGUGGAGCGAAGUCAAAAGACUACUUUGACAGACAUGGAGAUUUAAAGAGGAUCAGGCGGUUGAAGUAUUGGCCAUUGGAUCGUUUACUGGUGGAUAAAUACAAGCUUCCGGAAGCAGAAGCAAAGGAGUUUGCGGAGUUUCUGACUCCGGUUCUGGAGUUUGCGCCAGAGAAACGACCAACUGCUCAGCAGUGCUUAGAGCAUCCGUGGAUGAAGGUAGUAAGUACACAGAACAAUGCAGAUAAUGUAGAAUCCCAAGUGAAAAACUUGAAGAUCAAAGGAUGAGAAAAACUCUCAACUUCGUAUUUGUAUUUUUUCUCUUUUUUUUUUUCCUUCACACCUUUGUUUUUGUUCUGUUUUUUUGAAUAACUUGGAUAUUUUUUGUUUUGUUUCGUUGUUCUUUGAUUUUUGGGGACUUAUGUUUAUUGGUUAACCAUCAAUUUCAUUUGUUG